UGUGUCAGAUUGAAAGGUCACUCUAUCAAUCAGCUGGGCCGUCGGCAUUUUUAAAAUAGCGUAGCAUUUAAUUUAGAAUUCCUGUUGUGUAUUGUUCUAAACCGAUUAGCUUGCUCUUGAGGAUUGACAAUGGGCAUGCCCACGACGGAUUGGCUUUAUUGGUGUCGCCUUUGCGCCCGCGACGAUGCCGUUAUCAAAGUGCGCCCGCGGGACGAAGAUCUGGUGAGGAUCAUCAGCAAAUGCUUCGAUGUGGAGAUGACCCUCGAGGAGCCGGAGCUUGGGAGCAUGCUGUGCGAGGAGUGCUACACUGUGAUUGGCCAACUACUCACCUUCUCGGAGAGCAUUAGCAAGGUCCAGGCCAUUUUCGAGAUCCUGCGUCACUCCGAGCCGCAAGAUACCCAGGAUGUGGACGCCCUGCGGCGGGAGUAUGACCUUCCGCCCACCUGCAAGCAGGAACUAGAAUUUCUGGAGAUAGAUGAACUGGAGGACAAGUGUUCUUUGAUCGAGGACCUGAAUAUGCUUGACCAUUCCACUGCUCCUUCACCUGAUUUCCAAACAAAGGUCAGUCCCAAACGAUCGAGCUCCAUAAAGCGGAAAUUCCAGCUUGAAGAGCUAUAUGCAUCGGACCAUUCCACUGCUUCAUCACCAGAUGUCAAAACGAAACGCGGACGCAAGCGCACGAGAUCCAUUGAGUAUGAGGUGGUUGUCCAGGCGGAAGAUGAGGAGCUCGACCUAGCCGAAGACGACACCACGGCCCUGCAGCCUGAGAAAAGGAAGCGCGGACGGCCAAGGGGUCCAAGCAAGCCAAAGGACGAUAGCCAGAGAAAAUCUUCUUACCAACCGGAAUCCAAUGUUAAAACCAAGCCACACAAGCAGAGUUCUAGUGUCGACGACUUCACCUGCAAGGCAUGCAACGAGUCCUUUAUGUCCUUCAUGGCGCUGCGCAGGCACAAGCAUGACAUGCACGGCGAUCCCAAGCGAUUCGUUUGCGACUGCUGCGGAAAAGGCUUGAAGACCUUCACUUCGCUGGUGGAGCACCAACUGGUCCACACGGAUGAGAAGCCCUGUGUCUGUCCCGUAUGCAAUGCGGCUUUUAAGAACAAGGCCAGACUACGGGUGCACAGCCAGACUCAUGGAGAGCCAAAGUUUGAAUGCGACAUUUGCGGGAAGAAGCUGCAGACCCGAGCUAUUCUCAAUAAGCACAAGUAUGUACACAUCGAGGAGCGGCGCUUUAAGUGCGAGGUUUGCGGCAGCGGGUGCAAGAACUCCACGGCCUUGAAAAUCCACCUUCUGGGACAUACGGGUCUCAGGCCUUAUGUGUGCAAGUACUGUGGAAAGGCGUUCGCCAGCAACACCAAUUGCCGCUCGCACAAGUGGAAGAAGCAUCCGGAACAAGCGGCCAAGGAGAAUGAAAGCGAAUCCUCGCGAGUUCCUGUUCCUACUUUGGAGGAACUACGCGCCAUAACCCGCGAGAUGGCUAAAACCGCCAGCAAGGAAUCAUAAAGCAUGCUCAUUCAGAUGAUUUACACUAUAAGUUACAUUUUCCUUUUAAACUUUUAAAUAUACAAAUAUAUGUUAUAUAAAUAUAUAAAUUUUGUAAAAAUAAAAAACUACUUUAUAAG